UUUUCGUUUGAGUGAAACGGAAGUGGAACUGAGUCGUGCAGGCUGUGUGGAAGCAGGCGGCUCGUGUGGAGAGCAGUGUCUUGUUUCACCACUUGAAAUAAACAGUAGUUGAGAUGCGACGCUCGAAGCGGUUGCGGUCGCCGGAUGGAUGGAUCUCGGAGUACAGCUGGGAGGAGCGGGUGGAGGUUCGGAAGAAGCCGAAGAGGAUCUCCAGGAGUUGGGAAAGAGAGAGGAGACCUGGGCGGUACCACCACUACAAGACAUACGAAAGGUACCACAAAUCUAGGAGGCUGGAGUACACAGAGCACAGGGCGCAAGAGCCCAGUCUUGAGUUGCGGAAGUAUGAUAAGCGGGCUGACGAUCGAGUUGUCCCCAUGAGGGAGCAAGAGAAGGACAAGGACUGGCACCACUAUAGCAAGUCCUCGGCAUGUCGUGGCAGCAGAGAGCACCACUGUUCACGCCACCACAGCCAUCGAUCACAAUCGAAAAGUCAUCGCAGGAAAAGAACCAGGAGUUUUGAGGAUGAUGAGGAGGGUCACCUGAUCUAUCACAAUGGACACAUGCUAAGAGCAAGAUAUGAGAUUGUAAGCACUCUCGGAGAAGGAGCCUUUGGAAAAGUGGUGGAGUGCAUUGACCACUCAAACAGAGAUGGUGUAAGAGUGGCCUUGAAGAUCAUCAAAAAUCUGGUACGUUACCGUGAGGCAGCUAUGUCAGAAGUGGAGGUACUGGAACAAAUGAACUCUCUGGACUCUGAAAAGAGAUUUGCCUGCGUGCGGAUGCUGGACUGGUUUGACCACCACGGCCACAUCUGCAUUGUGUUUGAGUUGCUGGGGAUGAGUACCUAUGACUUUCUUAAAGAGAAUGGCUUCAUGCCCUUCACAGUGGACCAGAUCAGACACAUGGCAUAUCAGAUCUUUAAUGCUGUACAUUUUCUUCAUCAGAAUAAGCUAACACACACAGACUUGAAACCUGAAAACAUUCUGUUUGUGGACUCAGACUUUGACAUUGAAUACAACGGCAAGUUGAAACGGGAUGAGAGAACAUUGAAGAAUCUUGAUGUGAAGGUGGUGGACUUUGGCAACGCUACGUAUGACCAUGAGCACCACACUUCAGUGGUGUCGACACGCCACUACAGAGCACCUGAAGUCAUCUUGGAGCUUGGAUGGAACCAAGCUUGCGAUGUUUGGAGUCUGGGCUGCAUUUUGAUUGAAUACUAUCUGGGAUUAACAUUGUUUCAGACUCAUGACAGCAAGGAGCAUCUGGCCAUGAUGGAGAGGGUUUUAGGCCCCAUACCUGUCCACUUGCUUCAGAAAACGGGGAAGCAGCACUAUGUUUAUCAUGACAAGUUGGACUGGGAUGAGCAUACCUCAUCUGGAAGAUACGUGAGGAAGCACUGUAAACCUCUCAAGCAAUACAUGUCCUCAAAGAGCUCGGUCCACGAGCAACUGUUUGACCUGCUUCAGAAGAUGAUGGAAUACGAUGUGUCCAAACGCAUCACCCUGGAGGAGGCCAUCAGACACCCAUUUUUUGCCCCUCUUAGGAAAGAGGGCAAAAAGUGACCUUCUGGUCAAGCUACACCUCAAUACAGCUCCCAAGGAGAUUUGCUACUGACUGUAUCAGUCUGCUUUAAAGGAACCAUAAGUAGAAAUUAAAACUUGAAGUGUUAAGAAAAAAGAUUUCUUAACAAACGCAGCUAUGCAUCAUCUGCAUGGUGAUGUUAUAUCUUCGUACCUCUAGUGACCUGUAGUGAGCCAAUGACAUACAGCUGACCAAUGAAAAGCUACACCAUGCAUAUGCUACUUAUUUCUCCUUCAGAAUACUGUGCUUACUUACUGUCUAUUAUUUAUUGAUCGAAUGUACAAGCCAUAUUCCAUUCUACAUUGUCUAUAUUAAACUUCACUGUUUUCUGGUA